AUGUCCCCGGAUCUGACCCGCAUCGGAUCGGGCGAGUUCUGUGGCGGCCUCUUCGACAGAAGAACCGGCGAGUUUGCAGGCGCGCCCAAAGUAUGCGACAUCAACGACAACGCGCUAGGCAGUAGCAACGGGCUCAAGGCGCAGUCGGGGUGCGAGGCGGGCGGCACAGGCUACCUGGCACAGGCUACUUCGACGUGGCCGCGGGCUGCUGCAGGGUGCUACCGGCUCACGUGGACGGGCGGCGCCGACGUCAAGGUGGGUGAUGUUGUCAUCCUCACGCCAGGCGGUGGCAGCGGGGGCAAUGAUGCCGGGUGCAGGAGCCAGUAUGGCAAGAACUAG